ACCGUCUUGACAGCACAGAGAGACAUGUAGGACCGACCCAGAAUCCUGGUACCGACCCUGGCACCGAUCCAGCCUCCCGGCGGGCUCUGCUCCGGUCCCCGUAACAGAACUGGCGUUUAGUGGUCCGAACAAUCCGAACCUCGGUAUAUAUGUGUCCAGCGAGUGGCAGCAAUGGCGUGUAACGGCCACCAGCGCGGGGAGGAGGAUGCUGCUGCUGCUGCGGACGGAGGAGAGGAGCCCUGGAAGCUGCGGACCGACACCGAGAUGCAGCCCGGGACCCGGCCCCGGACACAGCCCGGGGACCAGCCCUGCUCCACGGCCAGCUGCACCGCGAGGCUCCGUAGAGACUCCGUUAAGAAGACGAGGCCACCGUUUCCGUGGUUUGGGAUGGACAUUGGAGGCACCCUGGUGAAGCUGGUGUACUUCGAGCCCAAAGACAUCACAGCCGAGGAGGAGCAGGAGGAGGUGGAGAACCUGAAGAGCAUCCGGCGCUACCUGACCUCCAACACGGCCUACGGGAAGACCGGCAUCAGGGACGUGCACCUGGAGCUGCAGGACCUCACGCUGUGUGGCCGGACCGGCAACCUGCACUUCAUCCGCUUCCCCACGCACGACCUGCCGGCCUUCCUGCAGAUGGGCCGCAACAAGCACUUCUCCAGCCUGCACACCACGCUCUGUGCCACCGGCGGGGGGGCCUACAAGUUUGAGUCUGAUUUCCGUAUGAUGGCGGACUUGGAGCUGCACAAGCUGGACGAGCUGGACUGUUUGAUUCGCGGUGUGCUGUACAUCGACUCUGUGGUGUCCAGCGGCCCUUCGGAGUGCUAUUACUUUGAAAACCCCACGGACCCAGAUCGCUGCGUGCAGAAGCCGUACACGCUGGAGAACCCUUACCCUCUGCUGCUGGUCAACAUCGGCUCUGGAGUCAGUAUCCUGGCCGUCUACUCGGAGAACAACUACAAACGCGUCACGGGGACCAGCCUCGGGGGCGGGACCUUCCUGGGCCUGUGCUGCCUGCUGACCGGUUGCUCCACUUUCGAGGAAGCGCUACAGAUGGCUUCUCAAGGGGAGAGCACCCGUGUGGACAAGCUGGUCCGGGACAUCUAUGGAGGAGAUUACGAGAGGUUUGGACUUCCAGGCUGGGCUGUGGCCUCAAGUUUCGGGAACAUGAUGUCCAAAGACAAGAGGGAGUCGGUGUCCAAAGAGGACCUGGCCAGAGCGACACUGGUCACAAUCACCAACAACAUCGGCUCCAUCACCAGGAUGUGCGCUCUCAAUGAGAACAUUGAGAAAGUUGUGUUUGUGGGGAACUUCCUGCGAGUGAACACCCUCUCCAUGAAGCUGCUGGCCUACGCCAUGGACUACUGGUCCAAGGGCCAGCUCAAAGCGCUCUUCCUCCGACACGAGGGCUACUUCGGUGCAGUGGGGGCCCUGUUGGAGCUUCUUCAUCCGUCCUAACUACACCCUGAAGAAUCACCUGUCAACCUGCUGCAAAGCCCCUUAGCACUUUAGACAGCUAGGAGCCGCUCCCAGCGCGGCACGUCGCUCCUCCCACCCGCCGGUUACUGCUAAAUGUUCCAUGUUGCAGGCGCGCGCCUGGAAGUCAUGCGUGCUCUCAGAAAGCAAGCUCCCGUGUAAAGAAAGUGGUGUAUGUUUUCCCAGGAAUCUGCUGGUGUACUGUAGCAGGUGGACGUUGGUUUCCCGCCUCGGCACUGACAAAUCUGACGAUGUUUUCAGGACUUUUACAGGAAGCAGCAGAUUUUGGUCAGAAGCAUCUACAGGAAAUUCACCGGGGUGGCCUGAAAUACUUUGUUUCAAAAGUACUAGUGAUCAGGAAGUGUCGUCCCAUUGACUGUAAUCCCUCCUCAGUGAACAACCAGGUUCUGGGCCAAGUAGUUGUUGAUGUACUUUUACUUCGGUUUACCCAACAGAGGUACAAGAUGGAUGGGUGGAGACUCUAGUGCUGGCUGCCAUGGAUACAGAUGUACACCCAAAGAUUGAUUUGUU